AUGCCCGGCGAUUUCGUGGGCCUGCUGGGACCCAGCGGCUCCGCCAAAACCACCUUGCUGCGCACCGUUCUCGGCGCUUCCGAGGUGAUGGCCGGUUCCGUCCGGGUAUACGACAAACCCGGCAGCCGUCGCAACCGGGCGGGAUAUGUACCUCAGCUGGAAACCAUCGACUGGAACUUCCCGGUCACCGUGGAAGAAACGGUCAUGAUGGGCCGUACCAUGGUCAACGCCUGGUUCCCCUGGUACCGCCGGCGCGAACGCGAGCUGGCCUUCGACAUGAUGGAGCGUCUGGGCAUCGCCGAUCUCGCCAAACGGCACAUCCGGCAACUGUCCGGCGGUCAGCAACAACGCGUCUUUCUGGCCCGCGCUCUCAUCAGCAACCCGGAACUGCUGCUGCUCGACGAACCUACGUCGGGCGUGGACGUCAAAACCCGGGACGACGUGAUGCACCUGCUGCACGACCUGAAUCACGCCGGCGUAACCAUCAUCCUGACCACCCACGAGAUCAAUGCCGUCGCCGUGCACCUGCCCCGGAUCGUGUGCCUCAACGGCGCCAUCGUGGCCGACGGCCCGCCCCACCGGGUUAUCACCCCCCAUAUUCUCCAGGAAGUUUACGGUGCCCAGAUGCCGGUAAUCCAGUUCCACGGCAUGACGCUGGUGGCCGAAAGCGCUCACUUUUGGGUGAACCAGAACGGCGGUGAACCACUGUCCACUGUGCCGGACGACACCCACCACGAUACCGCGGCUCACACCCAUUUGUCGCCCGAAGACGUGACGCCGCACCACCACCACAACGAAGGCGUCGCCGCCGGUGGAGACGCCUGA